GUAGUAGAGGCACCUGAUUCAGCUCUUGCUCUGACUGGUUACUUCUGGACUAUUUUCACGCAGACACAACGAGUCAGGAUGCCUCCUGGAAGGACAGUCAAGCUUAUCGUGUAUGAGGUGUUGGAGUUUGCAUGUCUGUGUGUGCCUGUGCUCGUGGUUCUGGAGCGAUUUGCAUCGCUUAUGAGGCGUGUGAAAUUCAACGAUGUUACGGCUUACUGGUUGGUGGUGGCAGCAUCAAUAGCUUAUGUGACCACUAUGUCUCUGCUUGUUUGGGUGCCACUGAAGUAUUUCAUCCUGAAGUCUAGAGGGUAUUUUAAAGAAGUUAACUGGAGACCUGUGACUCUUGCUCAUGCACUUCUCUGCACACUACCAUGUUUUGCCAUUCUCAUUGCCAGCUCAAAGGUUCAGUUGGACACGGGAGUUUUAUAUGACCGCUUUAGUGAGCUUCCUGUCUCACUGGUGCUCUUUGCCCUCAUCUGCAUGGACAUUAUAGAGAGAGUUCGUCCAUACCACCUGAGAGGACAAGGGCAUAGUCUGGACUUUGAGAUUCCUGGGCCUGUUCUGACUCACCUGGAGUAUGUGUCCACUGUGUCAUCACAAGUGCAAAGUAACAGAGCUGCAAAUGGUUCAGCACUGAGGUCAGAGGUCAUGAGCGAUUCACCGUCAGGACGCUGGGCAGAUACGGAUGGCAUCUCACGUUCUUCCAGUAUGGCCUACUUAUACUCCUCCCACUCUGAUUUAGGCUGUUUACGCUUCUUCUGUUUUCGAGACCCUCGCCAUGAGCUCUUCCUGGAGACAUUUAUGUUCUGGCUGGACACAGUGGAGAUGAUAAGAGUGGCUGGUGUUCAGGAUAUUUACAACUCAAACUGGGUCUUUCCUAUCUACAUCCUAAGCUUUUUCUCCAUUCUGCGUGUGGUUGUAACUCCUAAAAGUCAAAUGCUGACUUGUUUAGGAGUGGUAGCACAGGACCUGCCCUUCCUGGUUUUACGGCUCUGUCUGGUGAAUGUCUAUGGUUUUGUGACUCCGAUACUCUACAUCAUGAAGAAUCUGCUCUCGUGCCUGACUUUUGUUUACUUUCGCUUCUUGACAAAGUUAAAGGUAUUCAGCAGAGGGAGUAUGUUCUGAGACCUCUGGAAGGGAAGUUACUGAGGACCAUUUUGGUGUAAAGAAAUGUAUGAGGUGGAUAUUACUAUUAGGAACUUCAUUCACAUUACUUCAGAGAAGACAAAGCAGUAACGUGGGUCCACACAACAUGUUUUUUGUUUGUUUGUUCAUUUUUUUUAUACAGUUUUUUUAAGUAACCACUGCAAGUGAAUGUUUCUAGGUAUACUUCAUAAUGACAGAAUAAUUAUUGCAGAAUACCCUUCAUAAUUUUACAGCAGUAAUUAUUGAAAUAUCAAUUUAUUGAUUACUUGCUACUAAUCUCAAAGCACUACUUAUGCAGCAUUUGUUUUCAUGGAUAUUGAUGCUAAACACGACUGUCAGAAGAAAUUAAUUAUAUCCAUCCAUUCAUUUUCUACACCACUUAUUCUUCUUGGUCAUGGGAAACUGAAAACUAUCCUAGGAGACUCGAGGCCAAAGGCAAGGUACACCCUGGGCAGGAUAUGUGUACGAUAAUAGGGCAUAAUUAUCAGACACACUCACACACUACAGACAGUUUAGAGAUGGCAAUCAGCCACAAUGCAUGUUUUUGGCCUGGGGGAGGAAACUGUAGUACUAGGAGGAAACAUGCAAACUCCAUAUAAUGGAACUGGAAUGGAACUGAACUCUUUAUUAGGAACACUAUACAAAUUCUGGGUUGAGCCUCUCUCUGCUCUCAAAACACCCUCAAUUCAAGAUUCUGGAAAAAUUCCUUUGAGAUUCUGGUCCAAGUUGAUAUGAUAUGUAUCACAAAAUUCCUGCACAUCUUUAGGCGAUCUUUCGUGCUGUGAAUCUCCCGUUCUACCACAUCCCAAGACAGUUCUAUUGGAUUCAGAUUCAGUGACUGGCAAGAACAAUGAGACAAUUUUUGCUUUGUGACAUGGUGCAAUAUCAUGCUUGAAGUAGCCUUUAAAAGAUUGUAAAUAGUGGUCAUGAAGGGAUGCAACAGAUGUGCAGAUGUGUAGCAACAAUACUCAGUAGACUGGGGCAUUCAUGCAAUAAUUUAUUGGUAUUAGCAGGCCUAAGUGUGCCAUGAAAAUAUUUCUCACACUUUUACACCACCUCCACCAACUUGGACUGUUGGAUCCAUAGUUUCAUGCUGUUCAUUCAAGAAUGACUCAGUGUACAUGUUCCUAAUAAAGUAUUAGGAGUCCAUGUAUGAAAAUACCUUUAAAUUAAAGUCAUAUUCAUUACUUAAUUUCAACUACAAUAUACUGUGGUAGAUAUAUAAUAACAAUAAUUUUGUAAAUGUCUGAAUAUAAAUGGGCCUGACCUCAUGUUAAUAUUUCUAUGUAUAUGUUUUGCUUCAGUAUUUUCAAAUAGGAUCAGAAAUUACAGUAAUCCAGAUCAGAAUAAAGUGGUUAAAGGAGAUGAAUGAAAGAAUGAAUAAUUCCAAGGUGCUUUAUAAGCUAAAAGCUCUAAGCUGAAAACGACCUGACUCUUUUAAACAGUAAUUUACUGCACUGUGUUACUAUACAACAUGUCUCUUCUCCAUUUAUUUGUGAAAGUUUUAGGGUGAUUCAUUGGUUACUGAAAAUGUAAUAGGUAAAAGUAUUCAAAAGUGCUAUAGGGAAUUAUAUUGUUAACAGUAAUGUACCUGAUUUUCGGACAAAACCAACCAACACACAAGUCAAUCUUUAUGGACAUUAUGUAUUUUAACACACAAGAUAAAACACUGAAUCUUCAAUUAUUAUGUACAAAAUUUGUAAAACUAUCACAGUUCUAACAGCCUGGCCACUUUUACUUUCUUUGGGACUUUCUUUUUGUCUAUGCAGGGACAGAUACUUAGAGCACAAAUAAGAAAUAAAGGGAACUGAAAAGUAGCAAGCCAUUAAUUGGCACCCAACAUUCAUUUAUUUAACUAAAAAUUUUCAUUUUGCAUAAGUAUUCACACCUAUUGGACUUUCUGAAAUUUUGCAAUACUCAAAUCCAUUUCUUUAGUAUUAUAUGUCAUGAAUCUGCAUGAAAUAUUUUGGUAUGUUGAAUAAAGCAGGAGGCAACUAGGGGCCAAUGCAAUUUAUAAAAUUAUUUACAAUUUCACAUAUUAGUAUUAGGGAUUUAACCCUGCUUCUGUAAAACCCAUGAGAUGGAGACAUAGGGGAAUACUUAUGCAACAACCAAUUUUUUUUAUGUUUAAAUAAAAUGAUGGAAAUGAUGAAGCAUGUUACAAUAGAUGAAACAAUAUGACCAACACCCCAUAACAUUAUACUUUAUAGGAAUAAUAUUUUGAUCUGUAAUCAUUUGUUUGUGAGAAUGAGAGAAAAAAGUGGCAGUGUAUAGUAUUCAUGUUUAUCUAUCUUUUUAUCUUCCAUUUUUGUCUGAAAACAAUUCAACUUAUGUCAUAAAUCUCUGUUCGGUAGUAGUGUUGAGUUUCUUAGCAUACAUAAUGUGCACUAUAUUUUUAAUAAAUAUCGUGUGUCAAUUCAUUCUUUUUUUGGUGUCCAUUGAAAAGAGUUGAUUCACUGAUGCCAGACGUAGCAAACUGAAACAGUCA